AACAUUCGCACGUGGUAGCGCGGUAUCGUGUAGACGUCCAGACUGAAGCUACAAUCUCGGAUCUCUUCCUAACAAACAGUGACAUUUUGAAAAACUGACAUUGACAGUCUGCUUUAUCUAUCUUAGGCUUUUGAUUAUAUUUAAGUGGUGUAUGUGGCAUUUGUGUUCAGUGACUUUGAUAAACUGAAACUGGUUCCUAUUUUAACACUGCACUGCUGAAAAUACCGUGCAGGGCAAACUCGCGUGGUGAACAUAACAACUCAGCCCAGCUCCGCCAGGAUUUUUCGCCAGAAGCUCAGGCAUAGAAUACCUGUAGCACUACCCCAUCCCAUCCCGGAUCCCAUCGUCAGAACGAACUCGAAACUGUUAGGCCAAGUUUUUAGUCUCGUCGCUCUCUAUCUUACUGACUGUCUGACAUAAUUUAGGCGUGUCUACUAUUAAACGUUACUAGACUAAGGCCUAUAAUUUUUCAUUCAUCAUGCCGGGCGAAUUGUCAGACUAUGAAAAGCGUCGGCUGAAGAAUAUUGAGGAAAACAAGCGAGUUUUAGCUGGACUUGGCAUUUUGAAACCGUUUAUUGCUCCAAAGAAAACAAGCGGGAUUAAGAGGAAGCGUCCAUCGACUGCAUCGCCAAGAACACCUAAGACACCACGAUCAGCGGAUGCUGGACCCGAUGGAGGCAGUGGAUAUUCAGACUUUGGCAGAAGGCAAUCUCGCAGGUUGCGGGGAAGGCAACCAGUGGAAGGGAGUGAUGUUGAUCUAGAAUCUUUGGAUAACAGCCUUGAUUACCAAGAUGUAGAUUACAAACCAAUCAAAAGAACUCCUAGAGAAAACACCUUUGGAGCUAUACCAGGUAUUGAAAUUGGAACUACAUGGGAGAUGAGAAUGGAGUGCUCUAGAGAUGGCGUACAUCGACCUACUGUAUCUGGUAUCCAUGGCAAUGAUGAGGGUUGUUACUCAGUAGCAUUGUCUGGUGGCUAUGAAGAUGAUUUAGACAUGGGUGAAUGCUUUACAUUCACUGGACAGGGUGGUAGAGAUCUUCGAGGCACCAAGAACAAUCCUAAAAACCUUAGAACAGCUCCACAGUCUAAAGACCAGACCUUAGAAAGAGGUAAUCUAGCUCUUAGUAAGAAUGUUGAAACAGGUAAUCCUGUUCGUGUAAUCAGAGGUUACAAGUCGGAUAGUCCCUACGCACCGGAGGAUGGCUAUCGUUAUGAUGGUCUGUACACAGUUGAGAAGUUUUGGUUCACCACUGGUCUGUCUGGUUUUGGUGUUUAUAAGUUUGCUUUCAAACGAUGUCCUGGUCAAGCCCCACCCCCAUGGGAGGUAGAUGAUGAUAAGAGAGAGAACGAGGAAUGUUCAUCAGACAGUGGCUUCACUGAACAUUCAGAGGCCGAUAAAGAGGUGGAUGAAGAAAAGAGUAGUGAUACUGCUGAGGAUGUUAGUGAACUUUCACCUGCCAGUAGUCCUCUAAGCUCUCAAUGAUUGGUCAAAUUGAUAUGAUGUCAUCAACUAUCAAAGCUCUGAUUGGUCAAUCAUUGCAUCAUUAUGGAGUUAGCAGCUGUGAUUGGUUCAUUCAUUGUGUAGAUUGAAUUGGUCAUAAUGUAUAUUGUUCUGAUUACUACAUUGCUAGUGUUAAUUGUGAUCUUAUCAUUCUUAAUACUGGUUAAACACACCGAAACAACCUAAUUCAAUUAAUAGGAUGGAGUAUCCUGUCCUUUUUGCUUGCAUGAUGAUCAUAUUUUUGUUGGAAGUUUAUGUAUUGCCUGCAGACAAAACUGUGUGCAGUCUGGCUUGCCAUGAGCAUACAUGUAGAUGUAAUGCUUGCCCGAUUGGUUAAUGCAUUCUGGGGCCUGUAACUCAAAGCUUGGCGAUAAAUUCCAAAGAACACUUCUCACUGGUUCAUAGCCGGCAAUUUGAACCAAAAGCGCAAUAACAUUGAUCUUGAUUGGUCUAUCGAUUUAGCAGUGAUCACUAAUCAUUGUGUGACAGACAUCAGAUCACCUUGUAGAUAACUUUAAUCUUGUCCACAGACGUCAGUCGUGCCAUGAAAGCUUUAAGCUCACAAAUUUUAAUUAAGUUUGUUAGCAUCUCCAGUGUUGUAUUUUUCUUGUUUUCAGUACUUAUCUUGAGUAGCAUCAUCACUUGAUAUUUUCUGAUCAUUCAAGCCUUUUUCUACAUUAUUUUCAGAGUGAAAUUGGACAGUUGUCUGAAGGUCUUUAUUUCUUCUUUGAAUGAGUUAUACUAACAUUGGAAAGAGGUUUUGUACUUUAACACGCAAGUGAUUUCUGCAGAAUAACAAUUUGAACCAAUUUCAUUGAGGUUUGCUUAUAAAACUUUUCUUAUAGCCUUCCUCUGUGAAGAUCAAUGUAGUCUGCAUCUAUCACUAUGUAAGGUCUCAUAGGUGUUAUGCAAUGCAGAAUAAAAAUCAUUUGACAGUGAUACUUUCUCCCUACAAAUCCAUCAGAGUACUUGUAACGACACGUUUGUGUGAAUAAUUUAUUGAGAUCAUAUAUCAAGCUUUCUACAAUAUAUUCUACUCUUUAGGUUAUUGUCUUGUUUUGUAAUUAGUUUAUUUCUGGAUAAGAAAGGGAAAGAUUACCUUUGAUUUUAUUUCAUGAGAGAAUCAUAAUUUUUUUCUCACCUCCCCCAUGACUCUGUAUGAGAUGCUGGUCUUUGAACUCUUGCACAUUUUACUGCCCUGAAUUCACAAAGACUGUUUUUAAUCAGUGAUAUGGUUUAUGCAGGUUUCAUCCUGAGUCACAGUUAAUUCGUAAUGUUUAUUAGGAAAGCGUUUAAGAGAAAUUCCAGUAGUUGCAGUAAACACUGAUU